AUGGAGUCUCCCAGUGUAACCUCAGUGGUCCUGCUGGCCUGCGGCUCCUUCAACCCCAUCACCAACAUGCACCUGAGGAUGUUUGAACUGGCUCGAGAUCAUCUGGAAGACACAGGUCAGUACAAGGUCGUGAGCGGCAUCAUCUCUCCUGUGGGCGAUGGCUAUAAGAAGAAGGGUUUGAUCGAGUCCUCCCACCGUCGGGAAAUGGCCAGAUUGGCCACAUUGAACUCUGACUGGAUCACCCUAGAUUCCUGGGAGAGCUUGCAGUCUGAUUGGGUAGAGACGGUCGAGGUGAUUCGGCAUCACCAUGACAAACUGUUUGAGACACAGCAGAAAUGCGAUGAGACGGACACCUUUGAAGCUUCAUCCCCUCAGAACAGGAGCUACGGCCCUCAGGUGAUGUUGCUGUGUGGGGCUGACUUCCUGGAGUCCUUUGGGGUCCCCAAUCUGUGGAAGCAGGAGCACAUUGAGGAGAUCUUGGGUGACUACGGUCUGGUUUGCAUCACUCGCACUGGCUACGACCCGCACAAGUUCAUCCACAAGUCGGACGUGCUGUGGAAGCAUCGCAGAAACAUCCACUUGGUCCACGAGUGGGUGACCAACGACAUCUCCGCCACUCACAUGCGUCGGGCGCUUCGUAGAGGUCAGAGCAGCGGGAACCUGUUGCCAGACGCCGUGGUGAGCUACAUUCAACAGAUCAACCUCUACAGUGCAGAGAGCGAGCAGAAAUACGCAGAUGAUGUUCUUGCACCGCUUAAGAGAAACUCGGGGGAUACACAAGCUGAGGGAUUUACUGCUGCAGCUGCGGGAACAGAAGUGUGA